AUGGAGCAGUUCUCUGACACUCUUUCCGACAUAUUCUUGGGCAUUUCAAGAGGAGUUACGUUUAUAUCUCUCUCCCACAUCUGUCAUGCACAAAGUCCAUUUGAAUUUUUAUUGUGGAGGGAGGUGCAGGGUGAGGUGCAGUCUGCACUCAAGGCCAAAGAUCUGCACGAGAGCUUGCGGCACAUGCUGUUCAAGUAA